AUGGGAGUGAAAGGCAGCCCCGGGUGGAGGGACGCGCAGGCCCGUCAGAGUGUGGACAAACGUCAGGGCUGGGGCGCCCCGGGCCGUCAGUCACACAGUCCCCGGGCCCAGCGCGGUGCUCACAGCGACGAGCUCUGGGGUUUGGCGGGAGGCAAGCCCCGCAGGAUGGAGAACACUCUCAACAGCAGCGGCUCCAGGAGCAGCAGUCCGGGCACUGUGGGACCCACCCCAGGGCCCCCCCACACAGUGCAGGAGGUGCUGGAUGCGCUGGUCAUGUUCACCUGCGUGGGUGGCAUCGUGGGCAACGGCCUGGUGGUCUGGCUGCUGGGCUCCCGGCGGCGGAGGGGCCCGCUGGGCAUCUACCUGCUCCACCUGGCUGUGGCCGACCUCCUCUUCCUCCUCUGCUUGGCCGCGCUGACCAUCCUGAGCGCCAGCUCCUGGGGGGCCCGCGUGCACCACCUGGGCCUCCGGGCGGUGAGGAGCGCCGGGUACCUGGCCUACACGGUGAGCCUGAGCCUGCUGACGGCUGCCAGUGCCCAGUCCUGCCUCCCCGGCCUCUUCCCCACCUGGUACCGGGGCCGCUGGCAUCUGCGCCUGUCAGCCGCGGUGUGCGCCGCACUCUGGCUGCUGGCCGUCCUGCUGAUCGUGCCGGCCUGGUACUUCCACGACAAGGCCGAGCGUCCCCACUCGUGGCCGGGAUCCAGGGCGGAGACCGUCUUGCACUUCGUCACCCUGGUCAGCUCCACGCCCGUCAUGGCCCUGUCCGGCAUGGCCCUCUGCAUCCAGGUGCAGAGGAGCUCGCGCCCGUGGCAGCGGCCGCUCACACGGCUCUACCUGGCCGUCCUGCUCUGCGUCUUUGUGUUCCUUGCCUGUGCCCUGCCCCUCGGCAUCUCCUGGUUCCUGCUCUACUGGCUGGACCUGCCCCAGCACGCAAAGACUGUCUUCGGCCGCCUCACCUGCCUCUCUCUGUCCAUCAGCAGCAGCACCAAACCGAUGAUCUACUUCCUGGUGAGCAGCGGGGGCCACUUGAGCCUGCGGGAGCCCCUGGGAGCCAUGCUCAGCAGGGUGCUGCAGGAGGAGCCCGAGCUGGAGGAGGGGGAGACGCCCUCCACCGACCCCAGCGACGAGGGCAGACUCCCUAAGAGGAAGGCCUGAUUCUUUACAACCUUGCUGAAGGCUGAUGGCAAAGGCUGCCAUGCAUCACCAAAAUCUGACUUCCAGAAUGAAGACGCAAGCCUGCGCAUGAGCUGCUUCUUUGCUUUAUCUGUUUCGAGGCUGUGUUAUUAGGAGUGUACGAGUUUAAGGGUGUUCUAUCCUGGGGAAUUGGAGCUUUGGUGGUAAAAUAUGCAGCUGCCCUCGUGAAUCCGAGUAGUGUUACUUCCUUACAGUCUGUCUGAUAUUAUCACAGCUCCAUCAGCUUUCUUGUC